GAUACCAGCUGAGCAGCUUCGUGCUGUUUAGAGCAACCGGGCUUCCGUACCGAGUUAGACAAUCGCUGGUAGCUCAACCAACUGCAGCUCAGUUCCCUCAAGAAACAGAAAGAAGUACUUUGAGCAAACAUCUCUUGUCACCGCUGUCUCUACAACACAGCUCUUUUCCCCGUUACGUGAUGGCAUCCUCUGCAAUGAUCACUGUCCCGACCACCGCCUCCCGGUUCGCCCUGCUUCAGAUUGACUCUGAUUCGGACUCCGACACCUCCGAUCCUGGGAAGACGAACAGCAAACCCGGCAGGGACUCCUCAUCCGGGAAGCCCAGACAGGGGAAAUCUGGACCAACAACAGGAUCAGGGGGUAAAGGUGCUCAAGGUAGCGAGAAGAAGAAAGACAAGAAAAAGAAGAAGAAGGAGCAGCAGCAAAGUGAGGCGAAUGAGCUGCGUAAUCUGGCCUUCAAGAAGAUUCCUCAAAAGUCCUGUGCCCCUCCGCCCUGUGUGACGCUGUCAGGAAUAGCAAGUGAGCUCCUUAACCCAGGAGACCACAGCAUACCUUCAGAGGGGUGGCAACAGUGGAAACAGAGAGAUGAACAGAUAACCACAGAGCUGUAUGAGGCAGAUUUAGAAAAGGCCUUGAUUCUAAGUAAACUGGAAUAUGAACAACAGAAACAGCAGAGCAGCACAAACUCGGCUUCGCCAAAGUCACGAGGAGGAAAAGAGGGCGGUGGGAAGAAGGACAAGAAGAAAAGUCAGCAGGCAAAAGACAAAAAGACAGUUUCUCUGCAGGACUUCCAGGCUGAAGGCACCGCUGAGCAUUUAAAUAGAAAACAAGAGGAACCCAGAGGGACAAACGUAGCACCAGGAAUCGGGCAGGAGGAACGUUUUUUUAACAAAGUGGAAGAUGAUGUGAGUCGAAUUAUCCAGAGGGAGAAAAGACUUGAACAGUAUGUGAACAGCCCGGGACAAGAAGUCAACAUAUCCACAGAACAUGAACCGGAUCCCCGGGCAGAACAACUGAAAUAUGAGCUGGAGAAGAAGGACCAGGAGAUUAAAAAGCUAAAGAAGACCAUCUCAGAGUGGGAGGUGAAAUACAAAGAGGUGAAAGCAAGAAAUGCUCAGCUUCUUAAGAUGCUCCAACAGGGGGAGAUGAAAGACAAAGCAGAAAUACUUCUACAGGUAGAAGAAAUGCUGCAUAUCAAAGAAGAACUGUCAUCACAGGUAACAAUAUUACAUGCUGCUCUCGAGCAAGAAAGAUCAAAAGUUAAAGGGCUCCAAUCAGAGCAACCAAAACAUCAGGGAAACAAGAAAGGGAAGAAAGGCUCUGAGGUGGAUCAAUGAAGGUUCCUGAGGGGGGAAAAACCAAAAUGUCUGGAGGGGAAAGAAAUGAACAAAUUAUAAGACACUAUUGAUCAUUAGAUUCUCUUUUUUAAUGUUUUUAUUUUACCCUUUUGUUUGUUUUAGCUUGACUGUUUGUUCGCUUGCAUGCCCCAUUAAACAGAAUAUACUCCAGACAUGGCAUGCUGUAUUAAACAACCAAGUAACAUUUAUUUACAGCUCUUAAAGUAAGUUGACUUUAAAGUCUGUUCAGAAACGGUUGCUCUGCAGAGCUGCGGCAUCUCCAGUACUCCAAGAACUCUGUGCCUCCCUUUUCAUGGGUUCUGAUGCCAAAUGGACAGAUUGAAAUGUAUGUUCAUGAUUUUUUUUUUUUUUUUUUUUCCUUGCUCACUGCGAAGUAAUUAAAAUACUUUUUCAGUGA